CUCAGACCUCACCUACAAACACCUGAUAUUGCUAUUCACCGCUGCUGCGGCAUUUCUCCAUAUCACAUAUCUCAUCCACUGCACACAUCAGUCGCUCAGCCCGCGGCAGCCCUCGCCCGGCUGGAUGCCUUGAAUACUGCGUCAUCCGCUGUUGCUGCCUCUUGUACCGCCGCCCGCCUCACCGACCGACUGCUGACCCGCCUGACUCAUCUCCACCACCACAAGGCUGCACCCGCGAUACAUACGCCUGAGCCACCCGCGGGAAGCUGCGCAGGCACACGAGCAGCUCUCCUCCCACGUCACGCACCAUGUUCUCCGAAUAUGCAUCCAAGUUCCUGUCGCAGUCACAGUCGCGGCUUUCUCUCGGCCAGCCCGACCCUCCUUUCCCCCGCAAUCAUACAGACAGGCAACGCCCUCCCUCUCGAACGCGAGCUCCGGCCGGAUAUCUUCAGCGCCGUACCAUGCCGAACCCUUACAACUCCCAGGCCAUGUCGCGCUUCGCCUUUGCGUCACGGACAUCAAACGCGCCCGCGCCGCUGUUCUACUCCGCCACCGACGACUUUCGGGAAGAGGACGACCAUGAGGAGCACGACCGGGAAAUGGCAGAUCACUACGCGCUGCAGCGCUCGAGGCGCCAGUUUGGCGUCAGCAACCUUUCAGAGUCUUCGGAGGUGGAUGAGCACGUGGCACAGAGGUCGGAUCACACAAUAGAGGGCGACGAGAACGAUACUGGCUAUGGACUGGGCCGCGGUAUCAAGAGUUCGUGGAAGGGAGACAAACCCGGCCCGCGCGGGAGGCCCACCACCGUCACGACGCUGGAAUCUGAGGACAGGGACACGAGCGUACCGCUCUCGGAGUCAAGCGGCCCUAGCAGCAAAGGGAAGGGCAACCUGGUGGAUGUUGAGCUUGCCUCCACGGAUCGAGGGAGUAUAGAAGAGGUGAACAGGGACGAGAUUUUGCGCGACAACGAUGACCGGCCGCCAUCCUUCCAGCAGUUCCGCGAUAUCCCAAGAUCGAAACGCCCGAGAAGUCCGCUAAGAACGACGUUACCUAUACCGCAAGAGACGGACGAGGAUACGCUCUUGGAGAAUCAGCAUCCGAUAAGCCCUGAUCGCGAGUCUGUACCACAGCUCGUCGCCGCGGAGCCUGUAGCACCACCGAGGCAUAACUUCUUCUGGGCGGAACUAUUCGUCAUCGCGCAGUGCGCCAUUAUUGGCGUUUUCUUCCUCGCUCUGUUACAGGAAUCGCCACCUGACAAGAAGCAUCCGCUCGGAGACACCAUCUACACGGUUCUGCAUUCGUCUUUCCACCUGAUUGGAGUUUACUCGCUAGUUUCGGUCCUGGUUGGGUUGCUAUGGCUAUCUCUACUACGGUCUUUUGCGCGGCCACUGAUCAUGCUGAUUCUAGUUGCCGUACCGGCCAUCUCGUUCUCUUUCUUCCUCUACCCGCUCAUUUCCAGCUACAGGGGAUCGUGGCACGGUGACAGCGUUCAAGACAAGGCCAUGCGUUGGUUAUCUCUCGGCCCGCUGCUUUUUUCCCUGUUCUGGGUUUACACUGUGUGGAAAGGGCGACAUUCGCUAGAAAAGGCCGCAGACAUGCUCGAAUUCUCUGGGGAGAUUCUUCGUGCACAGUCUCCACUCCUCUUUGUAGGCAUCGGUGCGCUGGCAUCCGUUGUACUCUGGUCGUGGAUCUGGAUGCUCAUGUUCACGCGCCUAUUCCUUGGUGGCCACUUCACGAAAUCCCGCUGGGCCAUUGACCUCGGCACCUGGUGGCUCGGAGCCGCCUUCUUUUUGGAUUACUUCUGGGCCUUGAGCGUCAUUGCGGGCGUACAGCGCGCGACAACUGCAGCGACUGUUUCGCAGUGGUACUUCCACCGCAACACGGUUCCCGCACCCGCAGCCCACACCGUUGUCCGGGCCUCGCUCGCACACGCGUCGUACACGAUGGCCGGUACCAUCUGUCUUUCCACCCUCCUCGCCCUCCUCGUUCGCCUACCGCUCAUCGUCCUCCCCAGACGGAUCUCCGGCCUCAUCAGCAUGUGCGCAUACUCGAUCAUCCCCACUCCAAUUGCCGCAUUGACGAAUCCGCUCACUCUGACAUACGCGUCAAUCCACGGUCUUCCCCUGUCGCAAGCUGCUAGGGGCCUCUCAAACAUGACCUUCAUCUCUUCUUCAUCCCCAACUACAACGCUUGGGCCGCGCUCCUUUGCACCUUCGCAUCCGCGACCGUCGCUCGUCUCGUACCGGCUGGCUAAACUCCUGCUGCACGCCAUCCGCUGGGUGAUAACAAUCGCACUCGGCUUUGGGGGCUGGGUAUCCACGGCUAGAAUGCUUCAGAUUGGGAACGAGACGGUUCCGUACAAGGGGAGCCUAUAUGCGUAUGUGGUUGGCUUGAUCAGUGCCGCUAUCGGAUGGGGAGCACUCGGCGCGAUGGAGGGAGUGCUGGGGGGAAUCCUAGAUGCGGUGCUGGUCUGCUGGGGAAGCGAAGUCGGGAGAGAUGGCACUGGAGAGGCACGAUAUUGCGUGGAUGCGGGGAGGUUAUUCGGGAACGAAGCGACGGGACGAGGGAGAUAUGAGGUAUAACAGGAAGUCAUGCAAGAGGAGGAGCGGAGCAUUGCAUAAAUGGCGUUGGGGCUUUGGCGUCUGCAAUAGUACCCGACGGGUCGCCGGCAUAGCGGUGGCGCCUUUGUAUACUGCUAGAUUUUGAAUUUGCGGAAUCCGCAGGUAUAGGUUAGCGAACGAAUAUUAUAUCAACG